GUCCUAUGUUCUGAUGAAUCCUGGAGACCCUUCUACAGAUGGCCUUAAAGCCGCCCGACCCACCGCAGCGGUGAAAGGCACAGCGAAACGAAGGCUUCCCCGCGGGUGCCGGCGGAGCAGCGCCCCGGCAGCCCCUCCGGCGGCUGUGCCGCGAACCAGGCGCCUCCGCACGCGGCCGGACAGGAGAGGUGCAGGCAGGCGGACACCGCCAGAGGAUGUGAGCGUCCGGGGGCGGGGCGCGCGGCCCGGCGAAGGGGCGGCGGCGGCUGCUGCGAUCCGCUGGGCGGGGCCGCCCCCGGGGCAGGCGCACGGCACCGCCUCAGCACCGCCCCCUCAGUGGGGACUGGCGGGGGCGGGUGCAGCGCCUGGCCCCGCCCCGCCCGCCGCCGCAGCAGCCAAUGGCGGAGCGUCCCGCUGGGCUCACCGUCCCACCCCACCCCGGCGAGUCCCCGGCAGGGGGCGCGCGGCGCCAUUGUGCGCGGUGCUGCGAAGGGCCGCGUGCGCGGAGGGAUCUGGCGGCCGAAAAAUGGAUGAUGAUGAUGAUGACAUUCCCCAGCUUUCAUCCCAUACAUUGGCGGCCCUCCAGGAGUUCUAUUUGGAACAGCAGCAGAGGGAGGGCAUGAAGACCUCCCAAGGGUUUAAUCAAUAUUCCAUUGGCUCAAUAGAAGAAGACUGGCAACUGAGCCAGUUUUGGUACAGCAAUGAAACUGCAUCCUGCCUGGCUAACGAAGCGGUUGUGGCGGCUGGAAAAGGUGGCAGGAUAGCUUGUGUUAGUGCACCAAGUGUGUACCAGAAACUGAAAGAACAGAAUGGUAAAGAUUUUUCGGUGUGUAUACUGGAGUAUGACAGAAGGUUUUCUGUAUAUGGAGAAGAAUUUAUCUUCUAUGAUUACAACCACCCUUUGAACUUACCUGAAAAUCUCCUGCCACACAGUUUUGACAUCGUAAUAGCAGAUCCACCCUAUCUGUCUGAGGAAUGUCUUCAAAAAACUGCCGAGACCAUCAAGUACUUAACAAAAGGAAAGAUUCUGCUUUGCACAGGUGCAAUCAUGGAGGAACAGGCAGCAAAGCAUCUUGGUGUGAAGAUAUGCAAGUUUAUUCCAAAACACUCACGGAACUUAGCCAAUGAAUUUCGAUGUUACGUGAACUAUUCUUCUGGACUGGACUGACUCUCAGAAGAUGAUCUACAUCUUUUUCAGUCAAGCUCCUUUCUGUUUUUUAUCAGAGACUCCGCAUUUCUCAAUGCUGAAAUAUUCAGCUCCAAGUACUGUUUUCUGGGCUAGCUUUAAUCAACACAGUGUGAUAGCCUCUCUCUUUUAAAUGUGUAAGCAUUUGCAGUUCCUGUGUUUUGUAUCUUUCCUGUUAGGUAAAUGGGGACCAAACAAUACAGGUGCUGGAUAAUGGGAACUUCUCUGUUUCAUUCUAUCUGGUAGUUUUUACGAUUCAAGGACUCUUCAGUGACCUCUCUGAAGUGAUUUUAGCAGGUGGGCCUAUAACACCACAUACGUGCUUGACUCACAGCCACAAGAAUCGUCAUUGCAUCAGAACUGAUGACUUGGUAGCUAGCAGAUGGUUGGAAGAGCAUGAAUAGAGGUCUCCUCUCUUCAUCGUGGGAGAUGGUCCCUUAGUAAAAGGAUUGAGGGAUGUUUGUUCUGAACAUGUCAUCUGUUUUCAUGUUCAUUAUCCAGCAGGCUGAUGUUUUUAUAAAGGACAACUAGGAGAGAAAAAAGGUCUCUUUCUGCGGAGGCCUCUCCAGUUGCUUUUAGUAACGAUCAGAACUACCCACCAGUUGCCAAGUAAGAUAAGACCUACUAUCCUCUGUUGUUGCCAGACUGGCUUUUUAAAAACUUGUGGUUAUUAUUCCACCUUUUCUCUAAAGCCUCAUCACAAACCCAGGCUUUCUUUCUGUAGAAGAUAAGAUCUAUUUUGUCAUCACUUACCACCACAUAAACUUGUGUGUGUGUGCGCACGCUGUACUAGAGAAAAAGUAAUGUAAGUUGUUAAACAUCUCUCUGCAGAAGUACGGUGCAUCUAUUUUGCAAUGUUUAUGUGUUUGUGCCACAGAAAGUCAUGAGCUUUUUAAAACACAACUAGGCUGUUCUAUUUACUAGUUAAGCUAAUCUGCAGAGGUGGCACAAACCUGAUGUCUCCUUGAAAACAGCACAACAAGUGUUUCCCCAUUAGAGAGCUUUGUUUUCAUUAAGAAUCCUAUGCAUUAGUCAGGCCAAAUCACCUGGAAUAUGAAGCAAUUACUAAAGAAAAAUGCCACACAUAAGGCAGCCCUUGCACUAGUGCUUCACACUGUAGGUUCUCACUCUGAGUUACUGUUGGUUAUGAGAUAGAUACCUCUGUGGAAAUGUGACCCAUCCCUGUUAGUCUCUUAAAUUUUGAAUCAUAAUGGAUCUGAUUAAAUAUUGUGCCUGCUUUUUAGUAGGUUUCAUUAUCAAGCUAAAGGUGAUUUACAGGUGUGUCGAGUUUGUAGUUAUAAGAACAGUCCUUUUUAUUUUUUUCCAAUUGGCCAGUUUUAUCUUUGCCUCCUGUUCCACAGACAGCAGCAGAGCAGUAGAAUAGAAGCAUCUUAGAAAUCAUUUAAUCUUACAAGGCCACUGAGGAAUAACACCAUGUAUUGAUAAAAUGCCAGUGUUUCUAAGAGACAAAUUUUAUAUACAAGGUUUGGGAUAUAUUUCAAUCCAUUUCAGUCAAAGUAGAUGAUACAUCAAAAAAACUUUUGCUUUGGGAUAGUAGAGAUUUUUGGUAACUGGGUGUUUUUAAAGACAGUUUUGACUAACCUUUUCACUACACUACUAAUGUAUUUUUGGAUGAAAGCUGGUUCAUAAAUUCCAAGGCACUCAACAGUUUUAUCAGCUAUAAAUAUAUUAUACAAAACACAAGUACUUGUCUUUAUAUGCCAGAUUUAUAUGUUGGGAUUGUGUAAAAGGCUAACGGAAAUGCUGUAUCUACAAAAUGAAGCACCUAAGAUGAAAUACUAACAAAUUUAUUUUGCGGUGGGGAUAAACCUGAUUAAGGUCGUGAGACAAUACUUUUAAUAAGAUAAUACUCAUGUUUCUGUGCAUUUCUGCUGUUUGGAUACUGAUUUUCCUAUCUGGUGGGGUAAACAAAUGAGCAGGAAUAAUGUAGAAGGAAUAUAAUCCCCUCUCAGUGCUGAGAGAAUCAUGCUUCCUGAGCUGGACACACCACUGGUUCAUAAAUACCUGUCCAAGUCACUGUUGCUCUCUUCCCCCAUUUCCAAGAGUUGUUCACUUCCUAAGGCCUUCCCCUCGUCGCAUCUUGUAUCUAUUGCUUCCUCCCUCUCCUCCCCUCAUAUAGUGUUCCUGAGUUAAUUAUACCAGUUUUCUUUCUGUUGUACAUGCUUUGGUUUCUAUCAGACUGGUAGUAGGUAUUGUUAGGCAGAAGAAGAGCUCACAGGGAGAAUGGAGACCAGGCUCUUCUGACAGUCUCUGAGCCCAUGGCUGAUACAGUUUCGCCUUUCAAACCAGAAACCAUCUUUGCUGUGAGCCCAAUAAAGCCAGAAUCCCCCGAAAAUGACUGCCCCCAGGUGACAUACAGCUGGGUUUAGCUGUUUUCCAGGAGGCUACACCAUUACUUUUAUGUGGCCAGUUUCAAAAUAACCCAAACCAGAAUGUUAAAGGCCUAGGUACUGGCACAAAUCUAUACUUCACAACUGUAAACAGUUGUAUGUUUAUUACCUCAAUGUUUUGCACACCAAGCAGAUGGAGAGAAUGAAGUAACUCCUGAAACUUAUUUUUAACUGUGUAUAGGUUUCCAGUGGGACAGGCAUGAUUGUCAGAAGGGAUGAUAUUCUUCCCCCACCACCCACCUAAAUUAGAAUAUGCUCUUCAAAUACAAGCUUCACCUAUGUUGCUGCUUUGCUAUUAAUUCCUUCAGUUGUCUGUUUCAUUUUGGUAAAUGUGCAUUGUUGGACUCUCUGUAUCAGAAUUAAAAGACAAUUUUGCUAACUUCA